CAACUUGUCGGGCGCCAACUGUUCUAAAUGGUAUUCUGGUAUCGUCAUCAAUUCCCAACAUGAUCGGUAGUAACUACACUGUGACGUGUAACACAGGAUAUGUCAUGCUUGGACAGUCAGUUAUCACAUGCAAUGACAGCAAGCACUGGUCUCCCGCAGUCCCAACGUGUCAUUUAGAAUGCGCUGCACCAUGGAAGCAAAUUGCCCCUGGCUCAAGAUAUUGUGGAAGGCUUCUGGCAGGAAGGGCCACCUACUAUCCUGCACGCUCACUCUGCCAAGCCCAAGCUGGUGGUGAUGCAAGGCUGCCAAGAAUAUACAACAAACGGGAGAACGAUGAGAUUGGUGAAUAUGUGAAAGAUGAUAUGUGGCUAGGCGGAGAGGAUUCAGACAAUGAAGGUGUAUAUCAAUGGAGAGAUACAGGACAAAUUAUAACUUACACUAAUUGGCUGCCCGGUCAGCCAGAUGAUCAUUCUGGCAUUGAGGAUUGCAUCGGAAUAUAUUACACCUUACGGAGAACGUAUGAGUGGAAUGAUUUUAUUUGUCAUGGCUACUCACUCAAGGUGCUCUGUGUGAGAGAUAUGCCAUCCUGCUCAGCACCAGUGGUCACGGGCGCCACACAGACUGGUGAUAGAUUUUACAUCGGAAGUACCGUCAAUAUCGUGUGUAAUACUGGGUACAAAAAGAUUGGCAGCUCCAACAUCACUUGCAAUGCCAGUUUGCUAUGGUCGCCAGAGACAGCGUGCCAAGAUAUCAAUGAGUGUGCAUCUGGUACUCACAACUGUUCAAUGAACUCAACAUGUACAAACACAGCUGGUAGUUAUACGUGUGGUUGCUACUCUGGAUUUGCCAAUGCUUCACCUAUCAACCUUUGUUCAGGAACUGUGUUUUAUGCUGGAGGAGGUAUAUGUACCAGCAUUGAGAACGUAUUCAAUUUUGCUGUCCAUGUGUUGCACCGUGGAAGCAAAUUGCCCAUGGAUCAAGAUAUUGUGGAUUGA